UAGUGAACUAUAGAAGAGACACAAACUCCCACUUUCAACACAGUUCAACACACAAAAGCCAAACAUCAGCUUCAUCCAACAUGCUGUCUGUGCAGACAUCUGUGUUCACUCUGCUGCUUCUAGUCAUUGGAACAGAUGUCAGCUGUGAAGAACUCACUGCAGUCAAGAAGGAAGAGUCCACUUUGGAAGGAACAUCUGUCACUCUGUCCUACAAAUAUCCCAAACUGUCAAGAAGUGAUUCUUACUUUUGGUAUCGACAGUUUCCAGGAAACUUAAGUGACAGUCUGGAGGAUGGAAUCACUGCCAGCAGAGCUGAAGUCUUUUCAUCAGAGGAGCUCACAGUUACUCUGUCCUGUAAUUAUUCAGUCAAAGCUAACAAUCUGCAGUGGUAUAGACAGGAUCCAGGAUCAGCUCCUCGGUUCCUCCUCCUGAUCACUGACACCAAAGAACCCAGUGUGGUGGAAGCAAAACCUCCAAACCCCAGACUGACUGCUGUCCUGAACCAGGAGAGGAACCAGGUCCAUCUGCAGAUCUCCUCUGCUGCAGUGACAGACUCUGCUGUAUACUACUGUGCUUUGGAGCCCACAGUGACAGGAAACAACACCUGGCCCUCCGGACAUGCUGGAAUCCUGCGGAGACAGGCAGACGGCAGCACCAAGCAAUCUCCGAUGCAGGCUGCCACCAGCCUUCCCGCCGACUUAGUUCGACCAGUUAAGGAAGAACUGACCCGGUGGGAGCAGCAAGGGGUCAUCUCAAAAGUAGACCAGCCAACUGAGUGGUGUGCACCCAUGGUGGUGGUGGUGCCGAAACGCACAGGCAGGAUUAUUGAAGCAUCAGGAGUCAGCCCAGACCCUGACAAGGUUAAAGCCGUCACCGGCAUGCAGGAGCCCAACAAUGUGAGCGGGGUGAGACGUUUUCUUGGAAUGGCAAAUCACCUGGCAGAAAAGAACGCCCUCUGA